AAAAUAAUCUAGCUCUUUUCCUCCCUGGCUGCCUAAAGCUUGACCGCCAUCAUGAAUGACACAGUAACUAUCCGGACCAGGAAGUUCAUGACCAACCAACUACUUCAGCGGAAACAGAUAGUCAUGGAUGUUCUUCACCCCGGAAAGGCAACAGUACCUAAGACAGAAAUUCGGGAAAAACUAGCCAAAAUGUACAAGACCACACCAGAUGUCAUCUUUGUAUUUGGAUUCAGAACCCAUUUUGGAGGUGGCAAGACAACUGGCUUUGGCAUGAUUUAUGAUUCCUUGGAUUAUGCAAAGAAAAAUGAACCCAAACAUAGACUUGCACGACAUGGCCUGUAUGAGAAGAAAAAGACGUCGAGAAAACAGCGGAAGGAACGCAAGAACCGAAUGAAGAAAGUCAGGGGAACUGCAAAAGCUAAUGUUGGUGCUGGCAAAAAGUGAGCUGGAGAUUGGACAACAGAAGGAGUAAAGAUGCUUCAGGGACUAUCUGGCGUUUGUGCAGAUUUUUCAUGAAAGGAUUAAUAAACUAAGAACUUUAAAAAAAAAAACUUAAAAUAA